CGAAACAGUUGUGCCAUCUCCGCCCCCAUUACCCUUUUCUUUCCCUUCUUAUAUUCACUCUCUCUUCAUCUCCACUGUUCCACUGCUUCAAUAAUCCUUCUGCAUUACCUUGCAUUCUUCUCUUUCUCUUCUUCUUCUUCUUCAUGGCUCCAGCCUUGGAAGCCCAGGUUCAAGAAGAGGAACAAUCUCUGCCACAGAACAACAACUUCUAUAACAGUCUCAAUGAUGCCACACACAGAUCCAAAGUCACUGUUAUUGGAAGCGGCAACUGGGGCAGUGUUGCUUCUAAGCUCAUUGCCUCCAACACCCUCAGGCUUGCCUCCUUCCAUGAUGAAGUUAGGAUGUGGGUGUACGAGGAGACAUUACCGAGUGGUGAAAAGCUCACAGAUGUCAUCAAUCGAACCAAUGAAAAUGUCAAAUAUCUCCCUGGAAUCAAACUUGGCCAAAAUGUUGUUGCAGAUCCAGACCUUGAAAAUGCAGUGAGGGAUUCCAACAUGUUAGUAUUUGUCACUCCACAUCAAUUUGUGGAAGGAAUAUGCAAAAGGCUUGUUGGGAAAAUAAGGGAAGAUGCUGAGGCUAUUUCCCUUGUUAAAGGGAUGGAGGUCAAGAUGGAAGGGCCAUGCAUGAUCUCUACUCUCAUCUCCCAGCAACUGGGAAUCAAUUGUUCUGUUUUAAUGGGUGCCAACAUAGCAAAUGAGAUAGCUGUGGAGAAGUUUAGUGAAGCAACUGUUGGAUACAGAAACAACAGAGAAGUUGCUGAGAGAUGGGUUCAGUUGUUUUAUACUCCCUAUUUCAUUGUGACAGCUGCUCAAGAUGUUGAAGGAGUUGAACUGUGUGGAACUUUGAAAAAUGUUGUGGCCAUAGCAGCAGGUUUUGUUGAUGGCCUGGAGAUGGGAAAUAAUACAAAAGCUGCAAUCAUGAGACUUGGUCUGAGAGAAAUGAAGGCAUUUUCAAAGUUGUUGUUUCCAUCUGUUAAGGACAGCACCUUUUUUGAGAGCUGUGGAGUAGCUGAUCUUAUCACAACAUGCUUGGGUGGAAGAAAUAGAAAAGUUGCUGAGGCAUAUGCAAGGAAUGGAGGGAAGAGGUCUUUUGAUGAGCUUGAAGCAGAAAUGCUGCAAGGCCAGAAAUUACAGGGUGUCUCAACUGCGAGUGAGGUUUAUGAGGUUCUAAGCCAUCGUGGGUGGCUAGAGUUGUUUCCUCUCUUCUCAACAGUGCAUGAGAUAUGCUCUGGCCUACUUCCUCCAUCAGCCAUAGUUGAAUACAGUGAGAAGCUACCUAGGUCCUUCUAAUGCAAGACAAGACAUUAUUGUUGUAUAAGCAACAUAGUCACAGUGACAGUUUAACCAGCAUGUUUUAGCUGUAUCAACUGUGCAAAGCCUUGGUGGCUAGGAUGCUUUUUCUUUCCAAAAUAUCAUGCCAACGAGGAUCUCUCAAGACCAAGAAAUUUGACUUUUACCUCAAGUUUUUCCUUUUUCACUGUAAACAUUACACUCAACAAACUUAUAUAGUUUACAUAUACAAUAAAGUAGUGAUUUAAAUUU